AUCCUUCCUCUCUUCCCAUCCUGCUUCCCAUCUCACCACAACCGGCUUCUAGAUCUACUCAAACAUACCGACGAUAAGGUUGCCUCAAGCUAUCGAGGAACGGUUUCAAUUGCCCCGAGGAUAGGCAUUCUUUUCUUGAAUUGCAAACUGGAUGCGUUCGCCCACAAAGUAGCUCCUGAAGAUCACUCCGCAUCCACAAGACCUGUGACGGCCUGGUCGCUCUCCCUCUUCCGUGCAGUACCCGAGCGGGUCUCGCCCCGUCAAGCAAUGGAGUCCCUGCAAAGCAUCGUGACCGACUUUGAGAAAGUCUACCAAAAACAGGUGGACUCAACACUCGAAAUCGACAAUGCCCUGCAGUCAUUGAUAGACUCUUUCGUCGACGUGCGCAAUUCGAUAGCGUCUAACCCGCGUGCUCUUGUGCCUUCCAUGGCCAUCCUAAAGCAAAAGGCACUGACCUCAUCGAGACAAAUAUCGUCACAGCAGGAAGAGGUCCGACGAUAUGCUACGCGGCAUGACAAAACCCUGCGCGGAGCCUACAAGACCGACCUGAACAAUAUCUGGGAUCCUGGAGCGUUUGACGAUCGCGAGGACGUGCUUGCCAAAACGAUCGCGUUGCACUUCAUCAGAGAGGGGCAGUUCAAUAUUGCCGACACGUUCAUCAACGAGGCUGGCUUGGACGUGCCUGAAGAUUUGAAGGACCGGUUUCCGGAAAUGUAUAGGAUUUUGGAGGCGAUUAAGGAGGAUAAUCUGGAGCCGGCGAUUCAGUGGGCGUCGGCUCAUAGGGAGCAUUUGGAUAAGAGGGGCUCGCGGUUGGAGUUUGCGCUGCAUCGGGCGCAGUUUGUGCAGCUGUUGACUUCGAUGCGGAUUAAGGAGGCGUUGCAGUAUUCGAAGGCGAACUUUGGGCAUUUCGCUGGGACUCACAUGAAAGAGAUACAACGCCUGAUGGGCUCCUUCAUUUACACAAAGAACCUCAGCAACUCCCCGUACGCAGAUCUUCUCGAUCCCAACCAGCGCGCCGACAUCCAACACAGCUUCACCCGCGAUUUCUGCCAAUACCUGGGUCUCUCCUCCGACUCCCCACUCUACAUCUCCGUCCUUGUCGGCACACUCGCUCUCCCAACUAUCAUUAAAAUGUCCUCAAUCAUGAAAGACAAAUCCGGUCUCGAAUGGUCGCAAGCCGGCGAGCUCCCCGUCGAGAUUCCGCUGUCGAACAACCAAUGCUUCCAUUCCGUCUUUGCCUGUCCGGUCAGUAAGGAGCAGAGCACGGAGGAGAACCCGCCCAUGUUGAUGUUUUGUGGGCAUGUGAUUUGCAAGUUUUGUUUGGAUCGGUUGAGCAAGGGGAAUCAGAACACUAGGUUCAAGUGUCCUUAUUGCCCGACGGAGAGUACGGCGGGGCAGUCUCAUCGGAUCCAUCUGUAGUCAGUUGCACAGUGUCGAUUGCCGCUGCUUUUUUGUAUACAUUUUGUACAGGAAUCCAAUGUGUGG